AGAAUGGUCUGCUUGUUUUGUGUCUUGAACUGAGCGGUUUCGUCGUAGUGCAAGUCUUUGUUAGGUUAUUUCCAACGAUACCAAACGUAAGAAGUUCUUUUACAACAGGCCUAUGCACAGCUUUUGUGAUUAUAGGAGUACAUCAUGAAUAGAGCACGCUUUUUGAAAUUUUGCUUCAAUGUUGGUUACAGAAGAUCAAUUCCUUAUAAACUGAUGAAUCCUGCUUUAAAGUUUCCAAAAGGCAAUAAAAUUAAAAUAUUCGGCUGCUUAUUUUCUUCUGUUUUUCCGACAUUGAUUGUUGUUAAAGCGUUAUCGAUGGAAAAGAAAAGAGGUAACCUCAUCAUUGAAGCUGACGCUUUCUAUGAUGAAGCUAAGUAUGAGAAGCUUUACAAUCUCUUGGCACCUCAUCAUGAGUCUGACGAUCCAGAGAUUUUAUGGCGUUUGGCUCGUGCUGUGUUUGAAAAAUGUCGGGACAUCAAGGAAGAUAAGCAGAAGUUAGUUUAUUUGGAAGAUGCUCUUGCUCUUGUAGACAAAGCGUUGGAAAUUAAUGAAUCAUGUUGGGCGGCACAUAAGUGGAAAGCAAUUUUAUUGGAUUAUGUCUGGCGAUACAAGAGCACCAAAAAUCGUAUUGUGCACAGUUUUGAUGUCAGAAAACAUAUGGAGCGCGCUAUUCAACUGAAUCCUGAAGACAGUACCUCUUAUUAUUUACUCGGUGAAUGGUAAGAAAUAAUUUUAUUCCU